AUGUUGCCUCUAGUGCUUUUAGGGCUGUCAUCGCUAGCCACAGCGAACACAAUCACCACGACCACCAGCACCCAAGUCUCCUGUAACGAGGAGUCGGUGACCACCGAAUAUGUCAAAAAUGGCCAGUUCAUGGACGGAGCGACAUACUGGGCUGUGCUGAGGGGCGAUGCCACCCCGAUCACUGGCAGUGGCUCUGGAACAACAUAUGCUCUCCAAUUCACCGGUGAUAGCACCGAGUUCGGAAUAUCCCAACAUGUGUCCGGGCUCACCAUUGGCGUUGAAUACUGGCUACAGUUUACUCAUUCCGUCACGGAAUGGGCCUCGGACGCGACAUCCAGUGACAAUUGUGACUUCUCGAUUCAGUACGAUGAUUAUGUCUCCAUUCUUGAUUCCACGACUUAUGAAAGUGAGCCAAAAGGCUGGCAAACCUCAUUCACAACGUUUACUGCCACUGCUGAGGAACAUACCAUGAUUCCCUAUGUUACCUGUACCAACUCUGGUAACACGGUUGUCUUCUCUAACGUUAUGUGGUAUCUCAUGGCGGAGGAGGAUGUCUGCACUACUUCUACUAUCACUUCGACUAUUACGCAAACACCCACGCCUACACCUACGCCUCCGCCUGGCUCGAAAGUCACUCUUUCGGUGACUCCUGUUUCUUCGUCUUCUUCGGCAGUCUCGUCCUCCGCUGCUGUGUGUUCUUCUCGUGCACGCCCACAUCGCUCCUCGGUUGCUCCGUCGAAGUCAUUCUCGAGAAUUCCCAUCUCCGUUCCCUCCCGCUCUCCUUCAGCCUCUCCUUCAGCCUCUCCUUCAGCCUCUCCUUCAACCUCUCCUUCAACCUCUCCUUCAACCUCUCCUUCAACCUCUCCUUCAACCUCUCCUUCAACCUCUGCACAGGCCUCCUCAACUCUACCAGGUGCCACGAUUACUUCACCCGCAGGCGCAGGAUCAGGAUCAGGAUCCGGAUCUCAUGCAGGACAUCCGACCCUUCCCCCUGUUGGCUCUACAACCUCAACUAUCCUGACCACGCGCACUGCCACAGUGACCGCUUGCCCUUCAACCGUCACCAAUUGCCCGGCCUCAGCCAAGACCACCUUCGUGACUACCGAAACCAUCGUCGUCUCAACGACCGUGUGCCCUAUCACCGAGAACCCCCAGCCUACUACUAUUGGCUCCUCUCCGGAAGAUGAAUCUACGACAUCUACCAUCUUCACCACCCGCACCGACACCAUCACAGCUUGUCCUUCUACGGUGACAGACUGCCCUGCUUCGGAGAAGAGCACGUACGUCACCACGGAAACAAUAUUGGUCUCAACUACUGUCUGUCCUGUUACUGCUGCUGAAGCUCCCACUACCGGUACUGCUCAUGAGGGUUCUGGUGAGGGGUCUGAGGAGGCUGUCUCGACAAACACUGUGAUUCGACCGGAGACUACCACGCUUUCUACCACUAUUUUUACCGAGACUGCCGAGACUACUGUUACCGCUACUGGCUCGUCUGGCUCACCUAGCUCGGGAUUCUCGUCUUCCAGUUCAUCUAGCUUUGACUCUGGCUCUGGAUCCUCUAGCUCGGAACCUUCCUCGUCCGGUUCUUCUGCCUCUGAGUUAACCGGGUCAUCUGGAUCAUCUGAGACCGAUGCCUCUACUUCUAGCUCCUCUGAUACCGACGUUUCUACUUCGGGCUUUUCUGCAUCCUCGGGUCCCGCUUUGUCUGGCUCUGGAUCCUCUGCUCUUGGCUCUCCCAGCACUGGCACUGGCUCCUCUGGCGCGCCCACGUCUGUCUCUGCCUCGUCUAUUCCCGCCUCGUCUUUCUCCUACUACAUGUCACACUCCAGCACUUCUACUGGAUCCGCAACUGUACCCGUGUACACGGGAUCGGCCUCUACAUGGGGUCUAAAGUCCGCCCACCACUUCGUGCUGGCAACCAUUUGUGUCGUUGCCUUCCUUCUAUAA